GCUCAUGCUAUUGAUAGACAAGCUGGGGUUUCCAGUGGUCUGGUCAGAGUUGACAGAAAUAAUAACGGGCAACGGGUGUGAGACGUGUUUGUAUACAAGUCCUGAUUGCAGUGUGUAAUUGCUCUGCAUGUGCACGGUGAGGAAAUUCUUAUCGCCUGUCACUGUUCUUUCUGGUAUUCAUCGUUCAACUAUGGGACAGGAGUCAAAUGCGGGGGUUUUAACACUGCGGUAUGGCCAGCCCAUUGGAGGAUGGCUUCUACGGAUACGACCCCAAUAAUCAUGCCUAUGGCCAGCUUGAUGAUAGAGGGGGUAUAGUCGGUGGAGCUCGGCCAAAAACAAGAGGCACUGAUCCAUCGAGAGGUUAUAGAGGAUUCCAUCAUCGUGGUCCCAACGUCACAUUUGGAGGGGCUGAACGUGGAAGAGGAAGGGGUUACUCUGGAGCUGAACGUGGAAGAGGGAGGGUUUACUCUGAAGCUGACCGUGGAAGAGGAAGGGGUUACUCUGGAGCUGAACGUGGAAGAGGGAGGGUUUACUCUGAAGCUGACCGUGGAAGAGGAAGGGGUUACUCUGGAGGUGACCGAGGAAGGGGUUACUCUGGAGGUGACCGAGGAAGAGAAAGGGGUCACUCUGGAAAUGACCGUGGAAGAGGAAUAGGUCAUCAACCAUUUACAAGUCGCGGGAGACCCAUCAGUGCCGUUCGUCACUGUGAUGCUGACCGUAACAGAACGAGGUGCAAUGACGAACAUGGUGAUAAGUCAUCUGAACAACAGCGAGGUGGAUACGGAAGAAGGGGUGCACCUUUUAACGGUAGACCCCGGCAGGGUGAGGGGCAGUUCUCCGGCACCCACAGGGCGAGCGAUGGAAGCGAUUCCGGCAGAGAACGCGGGUUCAGAUUCACGCAGCCAACAAAUCGGUACCUCGGGAAGACCAAAGAAAGUAAUGCUUCAACCUUCGUCCCGGGCAAUGGCGUUACGAAUGACACCCGGCGGCAAGGGAGAGAAGGUGGUCAUGAUUCGUUAACUUCUCCAUCCAAACCUCAGGCAAAACGGAAGACAACAUCACCACCAGUCCCGCAGGAGACACUUCAGAACCUUCUUGAAGAGGAUCCAUCAGAUAUUCUCAAGACGUUUGUGAGUAGGAAGGAUGAGUUCAUAGCAUUAUUGGAGCAAAAUCAAUUUACUGAUGAUGCAUUUACGUUAACGCUGCAAGUUCUGUCGCGUAUAUGCAAUUUAGAUUCAGUUAUAGCAGUUAGGGAAGAUCUAAAUGUUGCACUCAGUAUAGUAGAUUCCUCUAGUUUCCUUAGUAAGCACAUGUCCAGGUAUCUAGUUGGUUUGACCACAAAACAAUCUCAGACUACAGAUUGUGGUAGCUCCACUACCGACACUCUCGCAUCUGAAAUCGAACUGAUUCUCAAGUUGGUUUCAGUGUUCUUACAGCAUAAACCGAGUAGUUGUGGGGAAGUGGGUGUGGUUUUGAUUCUGCUAGAUAAAAUAGUGACGACUCUGGCAUUAGACGAUGAGGACUUUGAUCCGCAGUGUGUACUAAUGAAGCAGGUACAGCAUCUAAGCGGCAUUUUCACCCACUUGGAGAAGGCUCAGCAGUCGGCAAGAGAGAAAGCCAGGGAAAGACAACCACCGGAUAACUUUAGAGACAUUCCGAUCUUUCCUGACGGCCCAGAGAUUCGAAAGCCUACGAGGCCAUUUCUGCGAAAGAAUAUUAUAAAGGGGAGGUAUGACAGCGUGGAGCAUUAUCUUGAUGUGCAGUUCAGGUUGCUGAGAGAGGAUUUUGUAGCACCUCUACGGGAGGGGGUCGCGGAAUAUCUAUCGAACACCAAGAACCGUCUGCAGGAUAUUCGGAUUUACAGGAAUGCGAGGAUCAUAGACAAGGGAAAGUUGACCAACAGCGGCUUUGUUUACAGGCUGCAGUUCGAUGUGAAUGGGCUGCAGCGCGUUCGAUGGGAAUCUAGUAAGCGAUUAAUAUAUGGCUCCUUCAUUUGCCUUACAAAAGACAAGUUCCAGACUAUUUUAGGCGCAACAAUAGAGAAUCGGGACAUCAAUAAUCUUCAGAAAGGCAUAGUGGAGAUCCGUUUUCUUAGCGAGAUUGGUAACACUGCUCCCAACGGUCCCUUCAUCAUGGCAGAAACAUCAGCAUACUUUGAAGCAUGCCGCCACGUCUUGCAGGGACUACAACAGAUGACACCAAGCACUUUUCCUUUUAAGAAGUUUAUUGUUGAAGUUUCAUCGGAUGUUGAUCCACCAGCAUACCUAGAAGGCAAUGAAGAGAUCACUUAUGAUCUUCGUUCACUUGUUCCAACAAGUCGCCGGUCAUCUAUUGAUGAUCUCUUUGGUUUAACAGACCAAAUCGCUCAGAUCAGCUCACAUACCGCUCGAUAUUUAAGCGCACGCGCCUCUCGCAUAGGCCUAAAGGCUGCCAGAGUUCCGAUUUUACGGCCAAUCAAGUGGCCCGCAGCUGAAACUCUACAUCUUGACCAAUCACAGAAGGUAGCUCUGCAGGCAGCAUUAACGAAUGAAUUUGCUGUCAUCCAAGGUCCACCAGGAACAGGGAAGACGUACAUUGGUCUCAAGAUUAUCCAGAUACUUCUAGGCAAUAAACCAUGGACAAGGUCUUCAUCGCCUGAUUCAGAUGAAAGUGAGUCGUCAUUAUCAGACGAGGAGGAAGAUAACACCGAGUCACCAAUUCUUGUUGUAUGCUACACAAACCACGCCCUCGACCAGUUUCUUGAAGGAAUUGUUGCCUUCGGGGAGGAAAACGUCAUCCGUGUUGGUGGACGCAGUAGCAGCGAAGUUCUUAAGUCGAAGAACCUUUCUCAAAUAAGACGAGAUAGACCACACAGACGUCGUCAACAGAGUGUACCGGUUGGCUUCCUAAAGCGAGAACUACAUCAAGCAGAAGAAAAUGUUAAGGCCACUCUAUUGAAACUAGAUCUGGCUAAAACUAAUAUCCUUCACUUUUUUGAACUCGAAGGCUACUGUAGUAGAGAGAACAACAGAGAUCUCAUCAUGCCUUGGCUCAGGGGUGAUAACAGAUUCCAUCCAAAUACAAACCUGUUAUGGUGGUUGAAUGUGGUUGAUUCAACUGUUGAUGUUCCCUUACAGCCACCUCAGCGGGGACAAGCUCAAGGGAGAGAGAACCGAAUCUACGUGGAAGAUGAGGGUUACCGAAUUCAACAGGAACGUCGCAUUGACCCCAGGGGGUCUCGCAACCAACCUAGUCAGACCGAAGAAGAUAACCUCUUUGAGAAGAUAGUAGCUUAUGGUUCCAGGUGCAACAAACGAUGUGGGAAGAAUCAGUGCUCUACACCACAAGCAGAACUUCAAAAGCAAGAUUGUAUGACAGAUGAAGAGGCGAAUCAAGUCAGGAGUAUUUGGUCUCUUAUGAUUUGGGAUCGGUGGCGUCUGUAUAGGCUUUGGGCCAAGAGGUAUACCGAAAUACACGAGGAUAAACUAGACGAGUAUCGCCAGAAGUAUGAAAAGCUUUCAAAGCAAAUGCAGAGUGUGAACGAUCAAGAUGAUGUACUGAUCCUCAAAGAGGCAAGCGUGAUUGGGAUGACGACAACGGGUGCAGCAAGGCUUCGUUCUGUGUUGCAGCUUCUACAUCCCCGUAUCGUGAUAGUGGAAGAGGCUGCUGAAGUUCUUGAAGCUCAUAUCAUCACCGCCCUGACUGCAAAAUGUCAGCAUCUCAUUCUGAUUGGAGAUCAUCAGCAGCUGAAGCCAAACCCAACAGUCUAUCGCCUGGCUAAGGUCUUCAAUAUGGAUACCUCCUUGUUUGAAAGGAUGAUCAACAAUGGCGUGCCUUGUCAAACACUGAACCACCAGCAUCGUAUGCGUCCUGAAAUCUCAAAACUCAUGAAGAAACAUUUUUAUAACAAUCUUUAUGACGAUGAAUCAGUGAAGGGUUUCGAUGACAUCAAAGGGGUGGCGCAUAACAUGUUUUUCAUUGAUCACAACCAGUUUGAAGAUGAAGGUGAUGACAACAAAACCAAGUCCAACCAGUAUGAAGCCGAGGUUCUUGUUGAAAUGUGUAGGUACUUGUUGCAUCAAGGAUACGAACCCACACAGAUUACCAUUCUAACCACGUACUUGGGUCAACUCUUCACCUUCAAGAAACUUAUGGAUAAAGGGACCUUCGAGGGAGUUCGGGUGUCUGUGGUUGACAAUUUCCAGGGAGAAGAAAAUGACAUCAUACUUUUGUCUUUGGUUCGAAGCAACGAAGAGGGCUCCAUCGGGUUCCUGAAGACUUCGAACCGUGUAUGUGUUGCCUUGUCUAGAGCUCGCAUGGGUUUCUAUUGCAUUGGUAACGGCACCAUCUUGAAGAAAACACAGAUCUGGCAGGAUAUCAUUGGCACUCUUGAAACUGUGAAUCAAGUUGGUCCGACACUGAAGCUUGUCUGUCAAAAUCAUCCUGGCAAAGUGGCUGAAGUUGCCUCAGCGGAAAACUUCAAAGCCAUGGUCCCGCAGGGAGGGUGUGGCGGACCGUGUGAAUAUAGGCUUCCAUGUGGACACGUCUGCGAGUUACUCUGCCACCCAUACGAUCGCAACCAUAAAUUGUACCAGUGUAAAAAGCCAUGCUUAGAAUUUUGUGAAAGGGCCGAGCAUCCUUGCCCAAAGAGAUGCUAUGUUGAAUGUGGAGAAUGCACAAUAAUGGUGACGAAAAAGAUACCCGAUUGUGGCCAUGAAAUUAAGGUUAGCUGCUGCAAGUUUGACUCGGCCAGUUGUACCGUGCCAUGCACCGAGACACUGGUAUGUGGUCAUUUGUGUGGGGAGUAUUGCAGUCAACCCUGUACUUCAAUUUGUAGAAUUAAAGUCAAGAAAACACUGCCUUGUUGUCAUUCUCUCUCUAUGGAAUGUUGCAAAGAUCCUACAGCGGUUGUCUGUCAAACACAUGUCAUGAAGGUGCUCCCGAUAUGUGGGCACGAACUAUUUAUGAAAUGCUUUCUGGAACCAAAACACGCUGAUUGUUCCAAACCAUGUGAGAAGACAUUAAAAUGUGGCCAUCAAUGUCAAAAGAAAUGUGGAGAGAUUUGCCAGAAAUUAACGCUCAGUGGGUGCAAGAAAGAUUGUACUAAACCAUGUGAGAAGACGUUAAAAUGUGGCCAUAAAUGUCAAAAGAAAUGUGGUGAGAUUUGUACAGAGAAGUUGUCUUCCUAUUCUUUGGAGUCUCAACUUCGUUCUAAGUUACUGUCUUCGUAUUCCACGUUUUGUGAAGACAAAUGUGGAGCAACUCUACCUUGUGGGCACCCUUGUCGCAAUAAGUGCGGGGAGCCAUGUUCAACUCCUGAAACUGAUGAUCUUUACAGCCGCCUUUACGAAGACAAAUACAGGUUGCCGAAUACCAGAAUUGCGACAAAGUGCCCUGAGAGAGUGCAGAGAAGCCUUCCCAACUGCGGCCAUUCUGCUGACAUGCUUUGUUACGAAGACGUUGAUGAAGUGAGGUGCCCGGCUGCGUGCUCUAAGCUCCUUGCAUGUGGCCAUCCGUGUACCAACAGGUGCUUUGAGCCUUGCAGUUCAUGCAACAAGAAAGUUCAGAAACAACUGCUUUGUGGACACAUCGCACAGGUUCCCUGCUCACAGAAUGUCUAUAACUUCAAGUGCAACAAGAAAUGCAACAAAGAGUUGGCGUGCGGGCACCAGUGUCCAAAUCAGUGUUGCGAUCCUUGCCCCAGACCUGGGUCACAUCACCAGUUCGUCCAAAGGGGAAAAACUCGCUCUAAAAUAGCAGCUCGAUGCGAGGUUUCCGUACAGAAAACGCUCCCGAAUUGUCACCACUCUGUGACAACCCUAUGCUUCAGGGAUACCACGGCUAUGCGUUGUGUUGAGACUUGUAGUAAAACCCUAGCCUGCGGCCAUCGAUGUACGAAUAAGUGCGGCGCACCAUGCAAAUGCAAGCUGAAGGUGUGGAAGCAGUUUCUUAACUGCAAACACAGCAUGAAACUUCCCUGUGACCGAGAUAUCACUCCCAAUAACAAAUGUAAAAAAUGUAGGAGAUAACUGCCUUUUUAAAUCGAAUUGCCGGGGGUCACCCCAGCCCCAAGUCACGAGAAAGGCUGUUGAUUAUGUUCUCCUUUUUUUUUGGGGGGGGGGGGGUUCUUAGUUAGCUUCGAGCUAGUACACUUUGAAUUAUCUUCAAUCUCAUUUUCAAUAAGUUCUUUAAAUAAAUAAGUUUUAUAGUUUGUGUUUAACAAUAACAUACGCAUCCCACCCGAGUAAUAUGCCUGUGGUAUUUUUUUCACAGGACUCGGGUAAGAACUGAGUAUAAACCAGUGCUAGUAACACACAUCGGUUUAUGGGUUAAAACCAAAAUUCAUAUUCCUUAUCCCCGAUGCAAAUUUAACAUAUGUAAUAACAUACGUAGGCAUAUUAUGUUUCAAUGUUGUGUAAAAUAAGUUUAACAGAAAAGGAUUUCCAACAUCAGAAACAAUGUAUUGGUUUGCAUCCAACAAAUUAUCAAAUCAAUACACCAGUCAUUGUCGAAGAAAUAGCUUAUGAAGAUCCCACAGCUCCCAAUCUCUUGUUUCGAUGUUCCUGUCAAAAUAAGGGGGAAAUGAACGUUCGAUACACUCGAUUUUCCAGCUCUGGAUCCCGUUGGACUGACAUAUUUCAGGGUUCAGUUUAUGAUCAAGAAUCUUUGUCAAAAUGACCGAAGAAAAAAAUUGGGUGAAAGUGACGCAGAAUUCCAGUCAGAAUCCCACUUUUUAAAGAGUUUUCUGGGUCAGUUUGACCCUGAAAUAGUCAAUGUGAACCUCUUCCAAUCUGUACAAAUAUGCCUUGAAAAGCAUAGGAAUUAUAAUUUAGUCAUUUAGUUAUAAUAAUGUGAAGGCUUCUUUGGUUUUGUUGCACCGUUGAAACCAACGUGAACCCUUUCAGUUUUUAUAAUGAGGCCUUGAAAAGCACAGGAAUUAUAUUUUAGUCAUUUAGUUGUUUCAUCGUUGGAAUCUGUGUGAUCGCAUUGGGGUUUUGUUCGGUUCGCUAAGUUUAAAAGAUUGGCUUCAAGUCAAUUGCCACUUGUCUUGUAUUAUUUCUUCGUUUGCCUUGUGCGGGGAAUUGUACUGUUGAAUUAUACAGGGGCUCGCCUGUUAAGUUCUGUAGUUGUUGAAACCUUGGACUUUUAUCAGAAAUCAUAGAGCGCUAUAAUAGUUAUUUUGAACCUUGGGAUUGAAAUGCCUAAAUUUAUAUAAAAUGUUUGAAAAUGUAUAAAUUUGAAUGUAUUUCAGUUAUUGUUUGAGAAGGUAUAAGCAUAAAGAUCAUGUCUUUGUACCACAAAACUCAAAUCUUUUCUCAAACUUAUCUUAUGUCAUUAAAGACACAUGUCACCUUCUGCAAUUGUCAUUAUAGACCAGUCUUAUCUCAACAUUAUGCACAAAAUACGCAAACCUGUGAAAUUCUAAACUCAAUUGGUCGUCGAAGUUGCGAGAUAAUA